AAGCCUGCUCUCGCUCGGCUACUGGGCAGGGGCCCGAGGAUGGCUGGCCGGACCCUCGCUCUCCGCUACGGCCCCCCUUGGAGACCCAUCUCUGGGUCCGAGGCGCCUGGAUCCUGGCCCCACUGGCAUCUCACCAGCAGCGGCGUCGCCCACCAUGUUAUCCCAGCCGUGUCCUUCCCCCCGCCCACCGUGCAGUGCACGGUGGCGGCGCCCCUGCCCCCGGCCGCCCGGCAGGAGUCCCACGCCUGGGCUUUCGACGAGGUCAUCAGCAGCUGGGAGACGACCCACCGCUCGGCGUACGUGCCCAAGGCCCACGGCGGACUCUACGCGCAGCCCCGCGCCCCGGAGCCUGCGGACCCCACGCGGGAUGUGGGGAUGAAGGAUUUAGGGGAAAAGCUCAGACACCGCGGCUGGCGCCUCCCGCUGACCACGCGGCACCAGCGCAGCGAGACCAGGGCGCAGUUCCGCGGCUGGCCGCACCUGGACCCGCGCGCGGGCGUGGGCGCCGGCCCCCCGCCCCCGGAGCUCGCGGGCCGCCAAGGGGGCGCUUCCCAGGCUCUAAUCCCCUGGACCAAGAACCCUGAGCUGGCAGGCAGGUCUUUCACAGUCUCCAGCCAGGGCAUCCUGGACGGCGGCCAGCUCUACCUGACCACCUCUGCCAGGGACUUCCAGCGCCCCUCCAAGAAGGCGUCGUCGGGAUACCCCCGCAAGGACUCGCUGACCUACUGGAGCUUAGAGGAGACGCCCCGCGGCUGGGGCCCAGGUCGGCAGCGGCAGCCCUGUCCGCCCUCCUCUGGGCUGCCCCCGGCGCGGAGGCCCCGCGUGCCCCGAGCCGCGCCGGUGACGCCCGCGGUGCCGCACCGCGGGAUGCUGACGCUGGCCCAGGAGUCCUACGGCCUCCCGCUGCACCCGCUCCGCUCGCUCGACCGUGUCUGCCCGCUGGAGUUGCCCUGGGGCGGCCCCCACUGGCAGCCGGCGCCGGGCCUCCACCGUGUGCCGCAGGCCUACCGCCCCGAGAGCGCGCAGUACGGCAGCCGGAGGCCGGCGCUCGUCUGA